AUAUUCAGCUCCAUGGCCUCCAUUAUCGCAUGAAAUCGUUUCAGUCGCCCAGGGUUCACCCAACUUCCUCCUAUUUCUUCCUUCUCUUCCGGGGGAGAGAGGGAGAGAGAGGGAUUUUGUUCGAUCUGACUCUCGUUGUUGUUGCUCCACUGGUGGAGCUUGCGCUGAAUGAUAGCCUUUUCUUGCUGAUUUUUGGGCUGAAAUCGAUCCGCGAAGAGGGAAAGUGAGGGAUUUUGACCUUUCGGCUUCAGAUCGUUGUGCACAUUUUACCUCUGCCCGAGUUUUGCGGCAAUGCGAAUCUUUUCUUCAGUCCGGCUUCUUAGAGUAGUCGAAUACUGGAAUCUUGCGAUUUUGAGAAUGCUUUUUUUGCGUAAUCUGUAGUUACAACUGAUCUGCCGCCGACGGAUGGAGCAAGUUGGGAUAUAGUUUUGUGAGAUUUUGAGGGUUUGAGGUCGGCGAUUCAUUUUUCAAAGUGGAUCGCUUGUCUUGAAGCUGCAGCAGUUUAAGGUGUUGAGUGUUUAUCUCGGAUCUUUUAUACUCUUGAACGUUCCUGAUUGAACUGUUGUUAUGGAUCACACGAUCGGGGGAAAGUUUAAACUUGGAAGAAAAAUUGGAAGCGGAUCUUUUGGGGAACUAUAUCUGGGUGCCAACAUACAUAGCGGAGAAGAAGUAGCCAUCAAGUUGGUAAGUGUAUUCAUCUCACUUUCUGGUUUUCACGUUGAAUCAAAACGUUACAUGCUUCUCCAGGGUGGAACUGGAAUUCCUCACCUGAAGUGGUUUGGUGUGGAGGGUGAGUACAAUGUGAUGGUAAUCGAUCUUCUUGGGCCAAGCCUUGAAGAUUUGUUUAACUAUUGCAACCGGAAGCUUUCGUUAAAAACAGUACUCAUGCUUGCUGAUCAGAUGGUUAACCGUGUGGAAUAUAUGCACUCAAGAGGCUUUCUUCAUCGUGACAUUAAGCCAGACAACUUUCUCAUGGGAUUGGGAAGAAGAGCCAAUCAAGUUUAUAUCAUUGAUUAUGGUCUUGCAAAGAAAUAUAGAGAUCUGCAGACUCAUAAGCAUAUUCCAUACAGAGAGAACAAAAAUCUGACUGGAACAGCUCGGUAUGCAAGUGUUAACACUCAUCUUGGAGUUGAGCAAAGCAGGAGGGAUGAUUUGGAAUCUCUUGGUUAUGUUCUCAUGUACUUUUUAAGGGGAAGUCUUCCUUGGCAGGGAUUGAAAGCUGGUACCAAAAAGCAGAAAUAUGAUAAAAUUAGUGAAAAGAAAAUGCUUACCCCGGUGGAGGUAUUGUGUAAGUCUCAUCCACCUGAAUUUCUCUCUUAUUUCCACUAUUGCCGUUCGUUGAGAUUCGAAGAUAAACCAGAUUACUCCUAUUUGAAGAGACUUUUUCGUGACCUUUUUAUUAGAGAAGGUUAUCAGUUUGAUUAUGUUUUUGAUUGGACUAUGUUGAAAUAUCCUCAAAUCGGUGCUAAUGUCAGGGCAAAACCUGUGGGGAGAGCAGGUGGAGCUAUUGGACCUUCUGUGGAAAGAACCGAGAGGACUUCAGUGGGACAGGAGAUUCGAGAGAAAUUCUCUGGCGCGGUAGAAGCUUUAACUCGGAGGGGUGGUGGUGGUGGUGGUCAUCAUGGGGACCAUUCUAAGCACAAAGGUUUAGAGGAUACGUCAUCUAAGGAUGUGGUGGAUUCAGAGAAAGCUCGAGCCUCCUCUUCUCGACAUGGCAGCACCUCUAAGAGGGCCGUCAUCUCAAGCACUCGGCAAAGCUCUGCAGAGCCGAGCGAGCAGCAAUUGAGCCGUGCUAGUAGAUUGGUCUCGAGCAGCAGCAGCAGCCGCCCAGCCAUUGCCGUGCCGAGGAACGCUCAGCCAACCGCAGCACCUUCCUCGCUCUCUCGAGCAGCGAUUGCAAGAGGUUCCCGUGCCGAAAACCCUAUUCGAAACUUUGAGCUCCUCUCUGUUAGCGCCGGUAAGAGGAAAUAACUGAUUCAAGGUUCUUAUGAUUUUGCCUCCCUUAUUCGUGUUUUCGGUGUGCCUUCGACCAACCAAAGGUAUUGAUCCUUGAUAGUGAAGAUUUAUAAGCAAUUUGAUAUUUUUGCCUUGGCGAAGAAGAAGAGGGAAAGAAGGGACUAAUCCUGUUGUAUUGCAGCUCUGUGGUGAUCCCAUUGUUCAAGAGCCUGAGACAAGCAAAGGGCUUCUGGGAUAAACAGUUUUAUGAAAGAAAUGUUUAUUACAAAUAAAACCUUUUAAAUUUGCCUUUUAUAUUCUGAUUUGUUUUUAUUAGUGCUGCUGCUAUUUGUGUGGAGACUAAUGGCAGUCAGGACUAGGGAGCUAAGCUACAUGGGAAUUCAUAUCAUUCUUUAUGAAGUAAUAAUAUUACUUGAAUUUCAUAAACCAUGGCUUUUAGGUGACAAAAAAGCAAAUAAAAUCCAUAUAUGAACUAUCAUACAACUUUGCAGUGAUCGAAUUCAGGCUUGAUGACCACAACCUGAAGCUAAACCUUACCAAACCUUUGUUAUGUUAAGACUUACCCAUGGAUUCUUGAAGUUAG